AUGGCGGCGCCGCUGCUGCCGGCGCUCCGGGCCUGGGCGGAGGCGGCGGCGCGGGCGGAGGCGGCGGCGCGGGCGGCUCUGGAGGCCUCGGGGCCGCUGCUGGACUCGCUGGCCGCGCUGGCGGCGCAGGUGCGGGCGGCGCGGCGGCUGCCCUGGGACGCUUCGCCGCUGGGCGCUUUCCCGGAGCUGCGGGCGCGGCUGUGGCGGAAGCAGCGCGGCGCGGCCGAGGCGCUGCUGGAGCGGCUCGGCGAGCGGCGGGAGGAGCUCCGGGCCGUGCGCGAUGCCGUGGCGGCCGCCGGCGCCGCCGUGCUGCGGCUGUACGAGGAGCGGGGCCCGGCCGAGCUGCCGGCGGUUCUGCGGCGCGGUCCGCGCUGCCCCUCGCUGGCCGAUGUGCUGGAGGGGCUGCAGGACGUGGAACGCUACUACCGGCACCUGUACUUGGAGAGCAAACUGCUCCUGCAGCGCAUCACCUUGGACAGCCUGGCAGACGUGGAAGCCCUCCCGCAGUCCUGGGAGAGGAUUUUGGAGCGCUACAAAGAAGACAGCGUCGUUCAAGAUACGCUCCUGAAGGUCUCGCUGUUCGUGGAGAACCAUCGGGAGGUGAGCUGCUCACCUGGCUCCUGACAGCGCAGCAGGGACUGGCACUGACCAGCUUCUGGAGUGUUCUGCAAUGCUGCAAAGGGGACCAGGAACUGAGGGAACUCUCCUGGUGGAAGCUGACUGAGUUGAGUCUCGGCCUCAGCACGAAAUGCUUGAACUGUGCCAUUUUCAAAUGGCCUUGGUCUCUGAAGAGGCUGAGCCGAAAAAGCCAUGAGGAUAGAGGGGAGUCACCUCCAGCUGUGGAACUUGUCCUUUCCUUCUCCUGACCUGGAUGUUUUGUAUCAUGGAAAAAAAAAUGUUGAUACUUACUUACAUGCGGUGCUGCAGAUGUUUAACAGUUCUUCAGGCUGGUGUCAUGAAAGAUAAUUGGGCUCUGUCCUUACAAACAAAAUAUGUCAGAUGAGGGCUUAGAUACAGUGGUCACCUCAUGUGCUUGGGCAGUGCGUUUGUAUUCAUCCCACCUGGGCAUGGAGGAGGAAGGAAGCAAAUCUGGCUUGAAAAUGUGAUUAUGGCAGUGCACAGAUGCCUGAGUUCUGACAUGGGCAGUGUUCAAGGGUGUUGCAGAACACUGCUCUGCCACCACCAAAAUCAGUGUUAAAAUAUCACUGCUGACACUUCAGGGACAACUUUUGUGGGCACAGAUCCUCUGAACUUUCCCGGGGAGCAGCGGGGUGUUUGUCUCUGAAUUAUGUAUCUGGUGAGGAGCUGCAGCCUCUCAGAGAAAACCAAUAAAGAAUUGCACCGGA